AUGGUGACACCCUUAUGGACUGGCCGGACGUACCGUAUUCUGUUGUACGGCGUGCUGGCACUGGCCCUAGGCCAGUUCUUCCUGGCCCAAGGUGCCGUCACUGAAGACUCGGACAAACCGCAACAGCUCAAAGUACGUUUUUCUUUGUUUAAACCGGCUUUCGGGAGGAAUUUUGAAAUUUGAAAUGAACUUGCUUAAUUAAGAACCUGUCUAGGCGUAUAUAAUUAAAAUGCAUUUUUAACCUUUAAGUUUACUUUUUUAACAUUUUUUUGUAUUUUUUACUUUUGCAAACAAACUUUUUUCUCUCUAAACCUUUUUUGCAUACUUGGUUUCGUAUUCUAUAUUAUAUUACCGACGUCACGGAUCCAGAUGGCGUUACGUCAGGCUACAGAUGUCGCAUAUAAAAGUCUAAAAUAAUAUCAUUUUACCAUUAAAAUUUUAUGACGAUUUUAGGUUUACAGUGUUUUGAUUUUAUCGUUAAAGAUUACCAGUUGUCAUCAUGACUCAUUUUAUAAAGUCAUAAUGACAGACUAUAGAAAAGGAAAUUUUAAAAUCUUCUUGAAAAUUUUUUAAAAAACAUUUUAAAAUAUUUUUAACUUAAAAGUUUCAAUUUCAGGACAUAAUAGUAACGAGUGCCUUAGAUGCCGGAGGCUUUAUCACAACUGAAAAGAAGGCCCACCUGUCAGGGUUACGUGUGGAGGUCGAGGAACCCGGGGAUUCUGGCUUCAUCGGCUACACGUAAGUCUUCAGAAUUUAAAUUUUACGCAAAUUUAGGGAGAAAGGCUUAAGCAUCGUGCAGCCGGAUACACCGGUCAGAAUCGUGCUGUUCGGAUGGUGGUUGGACGAAGUUAUUGUAGUUGGCUUCACACCUACAGAUGCCUGUGCUAAUACGUUAUUCAACGUCACUCAAGUCGACUUCACAGUUCAUACAGAGAAGCGAUUGGUGGUGGAUUACUCGUUCCCUGGUUCUGAAACGGUGGGCACCGUGUACAAGAUCUGUCUGAAGCAGAAGGCCAGAGAGACCAAGGAUGGGAAGAUUAUCGACAUGCCGUUUGUUAUGGUACGUUAAUACUGUUUGGCUUGGUUAGAAGUUAUUUAAAGUGUAUUUUGUAUUUAAUUAAAUUUAAGGGCUUUUCUAUGAAGGUUUUGACUAUAAUUGAAGCUUUUUUAGUUGAAAAAGGUACAAUAUUUUAGAAAACCUAUAAAUACUUAUAAAACUAAAAUCUUGUUCUUGCAGAUUGAUGACUUGCGAACAUCAGUCUCAACCGAUCUACCUCCUCGGAAGUACUACUUCCCUAUGGCAGUUCAGAUUGUGAUAAUUUCUUUCCUUCUGGUACUCUCUGCUCUGUUCUCUGGCCUCAACCUCGGUCUUAUGGCUCUGACUCCUCAAGAAUUGAUGCUUAUCUCUAAAUCCGGUAAGUUAUUACUAUAGUUAAUUUUAGUGUUAGGAUAAUAUCUUUUCUUACUACAUUGUGGCAUUUGACAGUAAUAAUGACGCUAUUUUUGGUCCAAGAUUAAUUUUAAGUGAAGAACUUUUGAUUUUAUGUUGGGUUUUCUACUUUUCUCCUCUUUUUUGGACCAAAUAUUAAGUUUUGUAUCCAGAAUAAUGAUUCAUAGUUAUUUUUGUAUUUUCAGCUAUAUUAUAAAACAAACUUGUUAUUGUCUCUUAGAUAUCGCUGUAAUGUUUAGCUGAAAAUAGACCUGAUAUUACUUUUUCGAACGCAAGAGAUCAAAUCAUAUUCAGUUCAUUAGAACAUCUAAAAAACUUACAUAAUUUACACUGAAAAGGGAUGCUAUAGUAAUAAUUUGUUCAGUCACAUCAAUAUUACUCACAAUUUUCAAAAAAUAUAUUAUAUCUCAUGUUAAUCAUACCAAAGACAAAUAUAUCUGACCUUAACCACACCAAUACUUCAGGGUCGAAACGAGAACGAAUCUUCGCCGAGACCAUCCUGCCGGUCCGAAAGUCGGGUAACCAUCUGUUGUGUUCUCUCCUGAUCGGUAACGUCUGUGUCAACUCUGCCAUCUCCAUCCUGUUUGACGACCUUACCUCAGGCUAUGUCGCGUUGAUCGUUUCAUCAGCUGGGAUUGUCGUGUUCGGCGAGAUCUGUCCCCAAUCGCUGUGUGUGAAGAAAGGCCUAGAAGUGGGUGCCAGAACCAUUUGGAUCACUCGCUUCUUCAUGGUGCUCACCUUCCCAUUGGCAUAUCCGAUUAGUAAGAUACUGGAUUGUAUAUUGGGCGAUGAGGUAGUGUCAUACGAUAGGAAGAGGCUGAUGGAGCUGAUCAAGAUGUCGACCAGGAACGAAAAAGGAUUGGCAGAAGAGCUGAAGAUCGCUGUUGGAGCUAUGGAGAUCAGCGACAAGACUGUUUCGGAUGUCAUGACGAAGAUCGAUGUAAGUUUAAAAAAUCUUGUUCUUUUAAUUACUGUAAGGUAAAUUUUUGUAUUUCAUAUUACAUAGCUAUAUUAUGUUAAAUGCUUAUAAAUAGAACGAUAUUCAAGAGUGAAACAGUCUUGAAAGUUAAUAUCAACACUUUUUACACAGCCAUUAAUUAUAGUUUCCAAACAAUGUCAAUUAAGGUGUCUAUCAGUCGUUAUCUUAACAGAUGACCGAUCAAGAGUCACUCAUGAGCGGUCACUUGUGGUCACGUCUUUAUACCCAUCACAAAUACAAACAAACAACGUAUAAUAACGGUCCAUAAGUGUGUAGAAUUCACCUUUGUUUGUAUGUAAUAUCUAAUUAUUUUGCCGUUCUCUUUUUUUUGGCAGAGUAACACAAAAUUAACAGCCAAAAAUAUUAUGUUGGAAGAGGAUAGUAUUUGAUGUAAGAUAUAAAAUGGUUAUUUACUAAAAUAUACUACUUUUUCAGGACGUGUUCAUGCUCCCAGACACUACCAUCCUCAACACAAAGACCGUGGCCGAGAUUCUGCGUAUGGGCUACACCAGAAUCCCUGUCUACAACCAAGACCGUAACAACGUCGUAUCUUUGUUGUUCGUCAAAGAUCUUGCCCUUCUAGACCCAGAUGACAACUUUACUGUGAAAACAGUAUGUGGCUACCAUGAACAUGUUCUACGCUUUGUAAUGGACGACACACCCCUAAGGGUAAUGUUGGAAGAGUUCAAGAAAGGCGACUACCAUCUCUCCAUGGUACAACGCAUCGUACAGUACGACAACCAGGACCCUGUAUAUGAACUUAUUGGCAUCGUUACGUUAGAAGACAUUGUGGAAGAGAUUCUACAGGCUGAGAUCGUGGACGAAACCGAUGCCAUCACUGAUAACGUGCACAGAAUCAAACGCCGACGAGCUAUGGAGCACGAAUUCACUCAUUGUCUGGACAACGACGUGUCUGCCUGUCAUAUAUCUAUGCAGAUGCAGUUGGUCACGAUGCAAUGGCUGGCUACGAACCAUCCAGCCUUCCAGGAACAGUUCAUUGGUCAUAGUGUUCUGGAGAAGGUCAUACGACAAAAUGUGCACAAGGUAACCAUAAUAGAAAUACGUAACUAGUGUAUUUUUAAUAUGACAAGCAAUACAGUAAAACUAGAACUUACUUUCUUGUAGGAACAAUGUUGUAACAAGAUUAUUUAGAAAUAUAUUAUUCUUUGAUGACAUACUAAUUGCUUUCAGAUUGAGCUGACACAUCUCGGAGAUACGAACGAUCCCAAGAUGGUACUGCCUAGGAAAAGCAAGCUCUAUUCAAAGAAAGAGCCUUCAGACAAAUUCAUCCUCAUUCUGGAAGGUCGUGCCUUGGUUACUAUUGGUCAGGUACGUCAUUAUUUUCUUUGAUAGUUUAAAUGUCGAAAUGCAGUCAGAAAUAUUACAUUAGUAGUCUUGUACUGUGAGGUCAGUGGUACUCGUUAUAGUACUUUGAACCAGGUUUUUAGUAAAAGAUGGUUAACAUAAUAUAGUGAUAUCCUUUCAGACGGACAUGACCUUCGAAGCCGGCCCAUGGCAUUGUUUCGGCAACGAACUUCUGGACCGUCUUCACCAGGUCACGUCCAACCUUAAGCGUCCCCAACGUUCCCAAAGCCCCAGAAACUCAGAACCCUCUCUGAAUCCGGCGAUGCCGAGCAAUUUCAACGAGAUCGACGCCAAGAAGGUGAGCUUCAUCCCCGACUACAGUGCCGUGAUCAAAGACGAGUGUACCUACUUGGAGAUCAACGCUCAGACCUAUCUCCUGGCCUUGAAGUCAACUCUCAUUAACAGGAAUCGCGGUGACUAUAGCGAAAACCGCGACUCAAUCACUUCAUUGGACAAACCACGCGACAGCGACACUAUACCCCUGAACAUCAAUAAAAUAACGUCAGAAGGGUUGGUGGAAGAGGAUGUGGCUUUAGUCAGGACAAACGGGUCACUCCGGCGGAAAGAGGUGAGCUCAGGGUGACAUGGCUAAUAUUGUGUUAAAAUAGCAUUUUGAGGGACUAAAUAUCUACGUAGACCUUUAGGAGGGUUUGUGGGUAAAAAUUUGCAAAAAAUAAAUUCUAGAAAAUUUUUAAGAAAUGUUUUCGCUGCGAGACCUAAAAUUUGAAGCAAUGUAGAUGUUUCACCCCAAGUUGUUUAAAUGUUACACAAUAUGUCAAAAUAUACUUUAAAUUAACGCACAUCUAUUUCAGCUUGGACCACCUCGAAAACGGGCCAACAGCGAGACCAGCAACCGGAUCGCGAGCUCCGAAGAGACGAUGCCGCUGUUCUCGGAACGAUCGGACCUGGUAUAA